AACAACGGCAAGGAAUUACAGAGCUUAUAAUGAAACGGAUACCGAAAAGUGAGCGCUUGAUUCAAUCAGCUUAUUACAUAACUAAUUGCGACUGGCAACAGCUGAGGGUAUCUUUUGUCUUGUCAAAAGCCCAAUAAAAACACGUAUAAUUUCCAUCUUUGCUCUGGAAAAAAACGCAAAACCUAAAAGGCAACAGGAACUAGGAAAUAUAGGGGGUGAUGUUGGACGUGUUACAAUUUGAACUUGACUUACGGAAAUGAGGUACACUUUUUUAAAAGUUAGCUUGUAGAAUAUGACGGAAAACUCUAGAUAAUUUCCCCAGUUGAUCAAGUGAUUGUCAGCUGCCUGCCAAUGUAUUUAUAUUUCAAAAAAAAAAAGAAAUUAGAUGUUAAUAUGAUUAGCCGACCUUAUUGGUUUAUUAACCAGUCGCUGGAAAAACAGUUUUGGUGAACAUCUCACUUUCUUUACUGAGUGUCUGAAUCACCCUCAGUACUUUGUAGGUGAAACAGAGGUGGCCUUUAUCAGCGAAAAGAUACAAACAAGCCGCCUUCAAAGUUCUUUUAAACUAUUCAGAAAUCAUUUCUACGGUGGCUAAGAACUAAAUCUUAAGCAGCCUCCGAGUUGUUGGAUCUGUUUUAAUUCAGUGUUUUCCUCGCAGAAAUAACACUUUUAUUGAGCUGCAAUAUAUAUUUACGGCAUUGUGCACUCCAAACUAAAAGAAACCGCAAAGCUUCACUGCGUGACUUUUUUUCUGCGAGACGAAAUUACCAGAAUUCUGGAGUACCAGAGCAGCUUGUAUGCGAGGUAACGUAGGAAUUGACUUGUAUCGACGUUCUUCGAUAGGAAACUCGAUAGCCAUCCCAUAAGGUAAACAUCAAGAAACAAAAUGUACACUGCCUUCGCCAUCUUCUUUUCGAUACUGAUAUUUAUCAAUCUGGUGGGAAAUACGUUGGUGAUACUAGCAGUGGCUCUUAACAAGCCGAUGAGAUCUCCCAUUAACUAUCUCCUGAUAAACUUAGCAACCGCUGACAUAGUUGUCGCUGUGUUCAUUGGUAUUCCGUUCGUCGUUACCCCUGCUCUCAACCACCCCGAGGGGAAAAUGGGAGACGUCCUCUGUAAGUUGUUCACAGGCGGGAACGUAGGCUGGGUCGGCGCGCUUGCCUCUGUGUUCACGCUUGUGGCCGUCGCAAUCGAGCGGUAUGGCGCUGUGUUGUACCCUCACAGCCGAAAGGGGAAACUCACUAAAACCAAACUCAUCAUCCUUGUUGUGUUAUGUUGGUCGCUGUCAGCACUUUGGGCAGUUCCAGGCUUCAUUGCAAUGACGUAUAUCCCAGCGAUUAAAGGUUGCGCCCAUAGCUGGUCCAAGCCAAUCUAUGCUCACUCUUACACGGUUGGGUGGUCUGUGGUAGCCGGUGUCAUCCCGAUAGGAAUCUUGGGAGCGCUCUACUCCAGAAUGGUGUACCAUCUGUGGCUCAAAAAGGAUAGCGUCAGAGAGGAGACCCAGAAAGCUUUGAAACGCCACCGGAAACGCGUGACAAAGAUGGUGGUUUUCGUGACCGUCAUUUACAUCUUAUGUUGGGUUCCUGAGCUUUUAAUCUACUUCCUGGGUUUUACUGGCACCAUAACUCUUGUUGGAAUUCACCAUGCUAUCGCUUCUGCUCUGAUUGUGUUCAACUCCAGCGUGAACCCGGUUGUCUACAGUCUUCAGAGUUCGCAGUUUCGGAAGCACCUGGCCGAUCUGAUUUGCUGCAAGCGCCACAGGAUAUCACCCAUGAACUUAAGCACCACCACUGGGAGCACAUUGAAAAGACAAGAUAUGGAAAUGUUUGAGGAGAGUCGGAUAACAAGACAACAAACACAGGACAUCGAGUCUGUAGUGACAGUAACCUAGGAAUGCCCUUUUAUACAAAGAAAAGUUUUCCUCAGGGAGGUGGAAUGCCUACUUUGUACUGGGGGAGGGGUGCCCUGUGCAAAAUGGCACUUUCACGUCACUUUUGUCCAUAAUUCUCUGGGGUAAUGGGUCGAAAAAAUGUUCAAAAUGGCAGUCUUAGGUAGAGGGAGAAGUAAGGGGAAAGAGGGAAUGACCCCUGUCACCCCUAGGGAAGUUACUUCAGUUACAGAAACUAGGCUGUUACUGGUGUUAAAGUGACAUUAGAGUGACCAACAAGCCAGGCCAGAAUUAUUUAUUGCUGCAUUUAGUUCAUACCAUUUAACACUGAGAUAUGAACUAGAGAUUAUAUUAAUAUUAUAUUUAUCUAUACACAAAUGUUUAAAGUACAUCAUAUAUAGUCAUAUCUACAGAGUCAUGCACACCCAAAACCUUGUAAAAGCUGAAGCUGAUGCAAAAAGUUAAAGAAGACAAGUUACAGAGUAGAAAAGGAUGCUUAUUUCACUGACGACCGUCACCAACUUCAUUAUUUGAAGAAAUGCGACAUCGGCUGGAUUUACAUAAUUAAAUACAACCAUAUCCAGGAAGUCCAUUUUAUUAUGUUAUCAAUAUAUUUCUUUCUAAGUUCUUCAGAGGUAAAUACACGUAAAUGAUUUAAACUCACUAUUAAACAAAUUGUAACCUAUUAUGAAGUUGAUUUUGCAAGUCACGCAAGUUGUAAAUUUUCCCUUUUGCUCGCUAUUGUUCUUAUCUGUAAGUAGAACUUGGUAAAGGAGUAACCAUACACAUUUGUUAUUUAUCCCUCCACUUUUCACUGACAGACGUUCUCACAUGUAAUUAAUUUAAGUUCAUUUGCUUUAGAAAUAAAUGUAUAGAUACUACAUACUACAUUUAAAAGCCCUUGUGUGAUGGGGUUUUGCUUUGCUAGGUUGACAAUACAAAAAUGGCUAGUUACAACAAUAAAAUAAUAUCUAUUUCUGGACUGA